AGCUGCGGCGCUGGUGUUGUUUUCUCCGCCGCACAUUCACAUUAACCGUCAACCCAGCCGUAACAACGUAAGCUGCUCACGACCUUCUGUACGGGAAACCACCCUGAAUGGACUACCAUACGAGCGAAAGAGCACGAGCUCGCCUUUUUCCUUUCAUUGAGGAAAAAAACAAACAACAGCUGCCUACCUUUGCCACUGAAGAAAGCGCGUGGGGAUGCUUCGCGCGGGUAUAGUGAGAGAAACGCGCGCGCUUAAUGAUUAGUAUUUACACAAGUAGCUAAUUAAGUAGUAAUUACAUAAGUAGUAUUCAAACCCGCCAGUGUGGCUCGCGUGUCUGCUAGUGGUCUAAAAUUAGACCAGCGCUCAGCCAACGGAGGACGCGGUAUUUAUUGAGUAGGAGUUUUUCAUUUUUCAUCAACGCACCUUGGAUUUCAGUCGUUAUCAAAAAGCAAGUGUGGAGCCGAGGACGAGGUCAGAGCAAUUCAAGACAGUUUGUCUCGUGCCCUGGCACUGCAAUUAACUUCUCAUCAUCAAAGGGUGUAAUGAAAAAGAAGGCGAGAUAGAGAGUCAGACAGAGGUAGGGAAGCUAUGAGAGAAGGAAGAUAAGAGGGAUGAAACCAGGGGGAGCUGUGACUGAACAGAGACCUGAAUCAGAGAGAGAGAUGACCCUCGUCUUGUCCAUGAAUCCUUUCCUGGACCCAGAGGGAGACCCUCCGCUCUCCGCAUACCAGCCCAUAUGGGAAUCAGAGCGCUGCACUAAGACCUGCCUGUCGAACCCUGCCCCACCAUGCAGCUCUGAGGAGCAAUUCACACCGGAGCCCCCCUGUAGGCGAGUUCCUGAUCAUGUUUCAAUGUCAAGGAUUGCAUACUUCAAGAGGAAGUUUAUUGAUGAUGAUGAUGAGGCUCCUUUCAGUUUCAGGACAUACUGCCAGACUGUGGCACCAGUUUUGGAGGAGCGUGCCCAUGUGCUGCGACUCUCCCUGGAGAAGAUGCGAUUCAUUGACGACCCCGAGGCCUUUCUCCGACGCUCCGUCCUUGUCAACAACCUCCUCCGGCGUCUGCGAGCUGAGAUUCUGCUCCAGAGCACUGACUGGUGCUUCCCGCCCAACCCAGCAUUUACCACCGGCCCCUGCGUCCUGCCACCCAACACAAACCCUGCUCACCAGGCACUCCACGGAGCUGUACCCACCCGGAUCUGCUUAGCACCCCAAGCAGGACCGCCCUUCCGUAAGCGCUUCCGAAUGGUCCGUGGGGGACAGGGGGAGCUCCGGCCUGACUGUGCCCAGACAUGCUGCUGCAUCUAUGCAGCGGCGGCAGCUGCAGGACACUACCUCCACCUCCCGUUCUCCAUGUAUGAUGCAGCACUCUCAACCUGCCCAUCCACACCACACUCCUCCUCCUUCUUUCAGCUAGCUAGCCAUAGCAAGUUAGGGCUGACAGUGGCCGUAGAAGAGCAUGAUGAUGAGGAUGAUGAUGUUGAAGAGGAGGAUGAAAAUGAAGAAGAGGAAGAGAGGGAAGAGGAGGAGGAGGAAGAAGAUGAUGAUGAAAGAAGACAAGCAGGGCCUUCUAUUAAUUUGGUUAAGGACAAGUCAAGCCAGAAAAGUAGGACUAGGACCUUGCUGGGUCAUGCACACGCAAGGACAGAGGAGGACAGCUGCAUGACAGAUAGGGUAGAAGAAGAGGAGGAGGAUGGAGAGCAGGAGGAGGAAGAAGAGGAGGAAGAAGAGGAGGAGCAGGGUGUGAGACAUUGUCAGUGGGACUCUACUGCCACAGAAAGAGAGCUCCACAAGGUUCGCUUUUGGCACCGCAGGGGUCAUAGACAAUGAUUGUGCUCUCUGAGAAUUCACUUACAUUCUAAAUCUAUUAGAAUGAAAAUGUAAUGAUGACGACAACUGUCAUCAGUUGAAGAUUAUUUCUCCUCAUAGCAGAUGAAAGGUGUGAGCUACCUUCACUAUAGUAAUGCCAUGUCAGCUUUAUUUUAAUGGUCUAAUAUACUCCAGGGUGGCACACAGAUACAACUUCAAACUCCAUUCAACUCUAUUGCUAGUGUUAUGGUCAGGUGAAAAAUAGACUAUUCUUGGCCUUUGUUGGCACUGGAAACAUUUCUCAAACAAUUAUGAAGGCUAAAGUCACAUAUGGUGGGAUCUUAAAUCCCAAAGGUGAAUUGAAGUUUGCUAUUGCACUGUCUCCAAGACCAUUUUCAAGCCCCACAGCACAAAACUAAAGGUCUCAAAUGGGGCUUUAUAUUGGUGCAACGGUCUCAUUUCAAGACCCUAAACAAACCUAUGAAAUGAAGGGUUGUGGAUUUGGGAGUGUGUGCUUCUGUGUGUGUGUAUACGUGUGUGUGCAAGAUACGAUGUAGCAUUUUAAAACUUGAUUUUAAGCUGUUCUUUUUAUUAAACUUGGGUUACACAUAACUAUGUGGACUCGUUGAUUUUGACGCUGUCUCAGGCAAUGGCGAGCGACUGCUGCAGUGGCGGCAAGACGUGUAUUCUUCAAAUAUUUUAAAGAGACAACAAUCAUAAACAUUUUGAAAUGUUAAAUCACAAUUUCAAGUGCCUUAGUGUUUUUACAGAUACGUGUAUAUUGUGUGUUAAUGUAAUUGUUCUUGUUACUAAGUAGCUAUCUUGCAUUCCAAGUGACUGCAUUUGACUAAAACAGGACACAGGCAUGUAGUUAAAUGCAGUAAAUCUUUCAGAUGUCGUUAAAAGGUUAGAAUUUUAAAGCAAACUAAAUUUACACACCCAAAAUGUGUUCUGUUUGUUUUUACUUCAAAAUGCAUGUUUUCUAGAACUACCUGUGACAAUGCACAAACUUAAAGCCAACUUUCAAGGACAGUUGCUAUGGCCUAGAAAAGCUGAGUGUGUCCGAAACCUUGUUUCCAUCAGUUAGAUUCAACCAGCGCAUUCUUUUUAUGGUUUGGUUGAUCUGUCCAUUGAUUAGGGUUUGAAAAACAUGAAAGGCAUCUCACACUCUGACAUAAAGGAUUUAAUUAGUGGCAUGAUAAUUAUAUAUUGUAAAUACAUAAAUAACAAUGUCUUUUUCUGUUGCCCUCCAAAUUAAGCCAUCCAGACAGUGUUUCAUUUCAACAACACUCAUUUGAACCAAUGUUGAACUUUCAUUCUUCAGCUUUUGGCUUUAAUCUCCACAUAAGAGGCUACCUGGCUGGCAAAUGACAUGUAUGAAGUCUGUCUGCAGCCUUAUGAAAAGGUAUGAGUACAACCUAAUCUGUAUCAGAUCACACCCAAACCUUCUUGGUUGGUGGGACAGGAAGCAGCUAAUCUCAUAGACCAACAGUCAAAAUCAGGCUUUCAAGCUAACUUUUUAAAGGUUGUUUUGGGCAUUUAAUGCCUUAAUAAUCAAGUAGACAGGAGAAGUGUGAGGAUAUGAUGUGAGAGGUAGAUGGGGAAUGACAUUCAAUGAAGGUCCCUGGCCAGAUGCAACAAGUUGCAGGUUACAUGUUUGAGAAAAUGCUUAAAAAAUUUUUACUGUAUGGCCUAGGAUGUACCUUCAACAUGAGGAACAUUCAGACCUUUGUUUUUUUACACUGCCAAUAUCAAAACAGAGCAUCACAGAAGAGUGUUUCAUAUAACUUCAUCACAGAUCUAAACACUGCUGAACAGGUCAGACUGAUUUCAUGUUUUUUCAUGAACUUUCAUGUAACUUCAGAUUUUCUGUCACACUGUCCAUCACCUGUAUUUGGGAGUUAACUAUAAUGAUCUGUAUCUCCUGAAGCUUCUGACAAUGUAAGCUUCUAUAAACAAGGAUGGUGGAAGGAAAUCACAUUGGUUACAGAAAAUUGUUUGGGUAUAACUUGGUGAGUGUGGGAAAAAGAAAGAAAGAAAGAAGAAAAAAAAAACUCAUUGACCCCUGAGACAUACUAACAGAUGAACCAAUCAAGGACAGAUACGAUACCAAACCUAUUCUUAUCUAUGUAAAUUAUGUGAGCGUUUCUGUCAUGAUGGCAUGAUCAGUGGUUUCAUGUUUGUCACUGUGUCCUGUUUGGCAUUUCAGAAGAUUAGGAUCAUUAUACUGAUGACAAACCCAAAGUAAAAAAAUAAAAAAUAAAAGAUUAUAUCAGUGAGUAGGUUACAGGGUUUUCACUUUUGUGACAUAGAUUACUGUCAGCCACAGCUCAUUUGGAUGGUGGAAUUAUUCCUGCUCUGCCACUUGCCCUAUCUUUUUUCUGAUGUACAAAAUAACACGUUGCAUCCCUAAUGACUGUUUUGGCAUCAGUGACACAUCUACAACUAGACAAGUGGAGUACCAGCCUAUUUCUUUUCAUUUCUCUAAAAACCCUGAAUUAUAAAAUCCUGUGAUUAUCAGUGGGUAUUUUUAAAAUGAAAGAAUUUGACAAAGCAAUAUUUGUUUCUGAGACAAGAACAUGUAACUGCAUUGUCUGUUAUUAAAAACAACAAGAGCAAGUCUGCUCUGAUGAUUUUAUGUGAUGUUCUGUGACAAGUGUAAA